UACAACUCCUUUAUAACAAGGCUUGUCGCCCAGUUUUGUUUGACAGUCUUUGAUGGCGCGUCUUCGGAACUUAUUUCUCGCUUGUUUUAAGUCCAUCAUGCCUUCCAACGAGGGUGUUGCUGCUAUUGGAGCUGCCCGAGAGCCAUAUGAGGUCCUUGUCCUUGGUGGCUCAUAUGCAGGUUUAGCCGCUGCUCUAAAUCUCAAAGACCUGUGCUCGGGACGGUCACAUCGUUUUGCUGCCUCUCCGGCUACCAAUGCCGGUCCUCAAUUUCCUGUCAGGAUAUCAAUUGUCGACGAGCGUGACGGAUACUUUCACUUGAUUGGCUCCCCGUUGGCUCUUGCAUCAGAGACUUUUCAGAAGAGAGCAUGGAGAAAGUUUGAGGAUGUUCCUGCCCUGAAAGGCGUCAACAUAGUUCGUGGCAGCGUCAGUAAGAUCGACAACAAACAGCGAAAAGCGACCAUUCUGGAGAAGGGCACUGGUGCCUUGACCGAGAAAAGCUACGAUUUCCUCGUUGCAGCAACAGGUCUUCGCAGAGUCUGGCCUGUUGUCCCUCAGUCUCUGACAAAGGAAGACUACUUGAAGGAGACCCAAGACCACAUCGACCAAGUCAAGAAUGCAAACGAAGGUGUGGUUGUGAUAGGAGGCGGCGCUGUCGGCAUCGAAAUGGCCGCUGAGAUCAAAUUAAUUAUGCCAGAACAAAAAGUCACCCUGAUACAUUCCCGCAACAAUCUCCUAUCCAAUGAGCCCUUGCCAGACGAGUUCAAGGAGCGGUCCGCGGUUGAACUUUCAAAUGCAGGAGUCAACCUCAUUCUAGGCCGGCGCGUGCUCGAAUCCACCACUAAUGGAUCGAUCACCGAAUUGAAGCUUGAUAAUGGCGAAUCAAUUCGUGCAGGAAAAGUCAUCUAUGCCAUAUCGAAAAGUAUCCCCUCAACAGACUAUAUGCCGCCCAAUACCUUGAAUGACGAAGGCUACGUCAAGGUUACUGCAUCAUUGAACCUCCUCCCGGAAAUUGCCAAUUCGCAAUACCAUUUUGCAGCAGGUGACAUUGUGCAGUGGUCUGGCAUAAAAAGAUGUGGCACCUCGAUGCAUAUGGGUCAAUACGUAGCGAGCAAUAUCUAUGCAACGAUGCAGUCCCAAGCCUCAAAUCUCAAACCGCAAUUUAUGGAACUAGAUGACAUUCCGCCCAUGAUGGGAAUUGCCAUUGGGAAAACCGCUGUCGGUUAUCAUCCAACAACUGGCGUCACACAUGGGGCAGAGCAGCUAAAAGGUCUCUUUGGUGACGACCUUGGGGAUACGAUCUGCUGGAAUUAUCUGCAAUUAGGAGUAGACGCAACCACGACGACUCCAAAUGCCGAAUCGUCGUGAUCAGCUAUUUCUAAAAGUCAACCGUCAAAAGUACCCACUCAGGUUAGUACUUGAAGGGCUUUAAGUGCCUCUAGUGGGACUACGAAGUGGUAUGUUUUCGACAACAAGAUUCUAGAAGUGGCACAGAUCCUUCGAAGGAAAGGAUGGGGAUAGACAAGUUAGCACGGGCUCGAUAUACCUGACAGGCGUUUCUGGCCAAAGGUUAAUUUCCAGGAGUAUAUUAUCAGACGGCUGGAGCUAUAGGAUCAGCUUCAACAUUUUCAUCGUUGGCAAUGCUCUCUAGCAGACCGAAAAGGAGAAUCAAGGAGGACAGUGCUCUGUUUUGGGGCGCACGGGAACCGAUAUUGCCUACAAAGAUCUUCUUACUCUUACUUGCUUUCAUACCUUCUUUCGAAUGUAAUAGGUGGUAGUAAUGGAAAUACUACUAGUAGUAUGCAACACCG